UCACAAAGACAGGUCAGCGUCACCGGCGCGACACUCUGCGCUCUUUCCCCCCUUGCUAGCGGAAGGUUUAACGGAGCUACACGGCGCUUUCAGCGGAAUAAAGAAGAGAAAUGACGGCCGCCGCGGUUCAGGGCAGGAAGAGACUUCUCCGGGAAGAAGACAUGACUAAGGUGGAGUUUGAGACCAGCGAGGAGGUGGAUGUGACCCCCACCUUCGACACCAUGGGGCUGCGGGAGGACCUGCUCCGCGGCAUCUACGCUUACGGGUUCGAGAAGCCGUCAGCCAUCCAGCAGCGAGCCAUCAAACAGAUCAUCAAAGGCCGAGACGUCAUCGCCCAGUCACAGUCGGGAACGGGAAAGACGGCCACGUUCUGCGUGUCGGUGCUGCAGUGUCUCGACAUCCAGGUCAGUCUUAGAUAGAACUACAGGACGUCU